AUGCCCAGGUCAAUAGGAUCAGGUCUUAGCACCCAAGCCUUAUCAGGGAGGACAUCAGCAGCUCGAGGAGGAUACCAGGUGCCUUGUGGUGGCCAACAGAGGAAUGUAGCCCCAGCACGAGUAUACGCUCUGACGCCAGGAGACGCAAAGGCUGUUACGGAUGUGGUGACAGUCUGCCCUCGGUUGAGUUUUGAAAUCGCCGGCAAGUCGAUGUUGUCACCUCCGGCGAAGAACUACUUCAUCAACACGGAACAAGACGUGAAGUGCCUGACGAUUCAGUUGGUGAGCUCACUGUCGGGGGUUCUCGGUGAUAGGAAAUCUGAUGCAACAGAGUUUUCCAGUUUGAGUUGUUUCCUGUUUGAGUUCGAUACAGAUCGGUCACGACUUGAUUUUUCGCAGUAG